AUGAAAUCAGCACAAUCAUCAAGCACAAGUGUGGAUGAGGAAUUGUUUGAUAGGAAUCAAUUGGCGAAUAUUCCUUCACGAUCAGUUGCUCCAAUCUCCAUUCAACAACAACAACAACCACCCAUCAACCUCCAUAAUACCACCAAUAACAACAACAUAACUGUAAUGAAUCACUUGAAUCAGUUACAACAACAAUCCAAAGCCUCUCCUCUUUCUCCAUCCCGAAGGAAUUUACAACCACAACUUUUUGUCAGUGACAGUCUUAACAAUGAUAACGAUCUUGCUGAAUUUGAAACGAAGCAACAUUCGGUUUCAACGUCGACGAAACAAGCAACUUUUUCAUUGCCAUCGAAAAUAGUGUCCCCAUCCAACUUUGAUCAAGCUACAGCUAAUAUUUGUAAUCAUCCAAUGACUGCCGAGAAUAUUGCAUAUGGACCAACAAUUACAAAAUCACCAACACAUGCAAUCAAUACUCAACAUAUUUCUUACAAUCAACAACCACCUUUCAGAGACGACAUUUCCGAGACUUAUAAUGUACAUACAAUUUCUGACAGCACUGCAUCAAUAGCAUCGUCACAAGGAGAGACCUUUUCGUUCUUUGAAAGCAGUUUAAUAACGUCCCCUGAUACAAUAGCGCUGGAAGGAAAAAACUUGAACGACGAUCUUCUUAUGCGACAGGUUACUUUUCCUUUAGAUCGUGAAGUCAUAUGUUCAAUACAAAGUCAAAUGCACAGCGCCCUUCAUGGGUAUGUUCUAGAAAAAACCAAGCCAAUUGAAGAAAAAGAAAUGCAUACAUCUCCUCAAUGCCUACGACUGCUUACAAACAUUCGAGAACUCAACCUUUCAGACAAUCAUUUGUAUCGCUUUCCAUUUAAUUUACUCUUUCUAUCACUACCUCCACUGCUUGCUCCCUUUGCUCAUCAUCAAAUACCUAACAGAAAGCCUUGUGAUAAUAUUUAUGUUUUACCAAACAUCACAAAAUUGGAUAUUUCAAGAAAUACUUUAAAAGUGUCCAGAAUUGAAUCAAUCAUUAAGAAACAAAAAAAUUUUGAGAAAACAUUGGAAAAGGAACGACGGGAUUAUCUUCGAAGUGAAAAUGCAUCUCCACAACGAAAAGUCUCACUUUCUCUUUUCAAAAAUAGCCAAGAGCAAAAGGAUUCUAACAAUCCAUCUCAAGACGACGAACACAAAACGUAUCGAUAUGACAGUCUCAGAGAGUUAAAGAUGAGCUUCAACCAACUCAAAAUUUAUCCUCUGUUUGUUCACACAUUUUUUCCAAAAUUACAAAAACUGGAUCUAAGCUUCAAUCACCUAAAUUCUGAAAGUAUUGAAGUGUCAGAAAAGAGAAACUCCAACAGUUUACAAACCAUGUUCGAGAAAGACAAAAACGAUUCCAGUAAUAGAGGCUUGGGGAUAAAAAAGAAGCUGAACUUUUUCUCUAGGAAGACUCAACAUACACACAAUGCGGACACUUCCUCUCUUCCAGCCUCAGCACCUGUGGAUAUGCCUGAAAAUAGUCCAACAACACUCAACGAUCCUCAUGCUUGGUCGCCGAAUCAAAGUACAAGCCCUGACGAAAAGAUAUUUUCUUUAAAGCAUUCUAAUCCUUACAAUACCAACGUACGGUAUUUUGAGGCAGGUGUUGCAGAUCCUUCCCUUUCAGAUCUGGAUCUUUCAAGCAAUUUAUUCAAAACGUUCCCACUAACUCUUAAAUUAAGAAAUCUCAGAAUUUUGAAGCUCAACAAGAACGUACAAAUGAAUCCCAUGGCAGACAAAUCAGCCGUCCACCAUCAAGAUGUUUCGAAAAAAGAAUUUAAAAGUAUGUUAUCGGAACAUGCUGAGAAAGGAUUUGAUUUUGAGGCAGACUUACAAAGAGUCUGUAGAGAUAAUUUACCGAACUUGGAACAUGUAGAGAUGAUAGAUUGCAAACUAGUGACAUUUCCUUCCAAUGUAAUUAGUAUUGAAAGUUUGAGGACAUUUAUUUUUGAUAGAAAUCCAUUUGGAGCUGGAAGUGUUCAGCAUAGGAAUCAACAAAUUGUACAAAAAGUGAUCAUGUUAUCAAAGAAUGAGAAGGAGAAAUUUACGGAGGAUCAAGAAAUUGAUGACUCGCUUCUUCGUGGUUUUCCAGACCUCUUCCAUUUAAGAAACAAAUUCAAUAUUACAAGGUUAUCAGUGAAUCACUGUAGGCUAAAUCUAGAUCAAGACUUACCUCGAAUUUUGAAAACCUUACCAAAACUCAAAAGUUUGAAAGCUGGUAACAAUUUAAUUAAGGGGAAAAUUGAUACAAGCAAUUUUGAAGUUUUCCACAAUAUUGAAGAUUUAGAUUUAUCCAAUAACUUUUUACAGGGGUUUAAUUUUAAGGUUUUUCCCAACCUGAAAAUAUUGAACUUGGAAAAUAACAAAAUUCAAGAGGAUUUGGUUUGGGUACCUUCAACAUUGACCUAUUUCAAUGUACAGAACAACAUGUUUAGCGGAGAUUUAGAAAAGGUAUUGGUGCUUGGAGAACAAAACUCUAUCUCUCAACAUUCAUAUUGCCAAAAUUUAGAAGAGCUGAUUGUUUCUAGUAAUAACUUCACAUCCAUACCUUUCAUUGAUUGCUUCCCCACUCUGCGAACGUACAAGGUUUCAAAUAAUGCCCGAAGUAUUUCUCAGUUCCCUCUUUCAACCAAUAGUACCAUAGAUUUACAUCAUCUUGAAACGGUGGAGAUUGCCAAUCAUGGAAUCAUGGAGAUACCCGCUAGCUUCUUUACUCGGUGUCCAAAUAUCACAUAUUUAGACUUGUCCAGCAACUUUAUACGAAAGAUUCCAGAUGAAAUGGGAAAAGCUUCCAAAAUUACUCAUCUCUUUCUCAAAUACAACGAAAUUGUGGACUUGGAUGACAAUGUCAUUAUGAAACUGACUUCAUUGAAACAUUUAGAGGCCAAACAAAAUUCGAAACAAUUGUCUGAGCAUAUUGAAACGGAGACACCAUUAAGAAAGUGGCUUCUAGAAAAGCAAGUAGAUAUUUCUGAGAAUAGUUUCAAAGUACCUGACAUGGUUGAAGAAAACCUUUAUUUAGGAUGCAAACAAGCGUCGUCACACUAUUCUACGAUCAAAAAUCUUGGAAUUACUCACAUCCUUACCAUAGCUAGUGAGUUUAAUCCAAGAUUCCAUGACAGGUCUUAUGACAAAGUUCCUGAUAUUGGAUCCGACGAAAAUUCAUACAUUGAAACCAGCCACACAUUUGUCACAAAACAUGUCAAAAUGAAGGAAACUCAAAACACUGAUCUGAUAGGCACAUUUAACGAGUGUUUGCCAUUCAUCGAAGAAUCACUCGAUCAAUCAAAAGGAAAACGAAAAUUAUUAAUUCAUUGUCAUGUUGGAAUUAAUAGGAGUGCAAGCAUUGUCAUCAUGUAUCUGAUGAAAAAGAAUUCGUGGACAUUAUCAGAGAGUUUAAAGUAUGUGAGAGAGAAACGAUCGCUCGUAAUGCCGAUGCCAGAGUUUGUCAAGCAGCUUAAGCAGUACAAUAUUGCUCUAAAGAAGGAAAGGAAACAAUUACAGAUUGGAACAUCAUCGAAUCAGCCCAACCUCUCUUCAAAUGUCGGAUCACCUUUACUCGACAAUGAAGAGACUUUAGAAUAA